CAUUUAGAGUAGUUGCUUCAAAUAAUUACGUUAUUUCAGAGUUCCUAAUUCAUGACAUAGGUCACCGAUGACGUUCCAUAUCUAUUAUCUUCUUUCUAUAUCGUGAUCAUUACAAGGAUCUAAAUAUAAAUAUAAAGAAAGAAGUAAAACAGUUUUACCACUAUAAAUAUUGAAUAUAAUGCCAGGCUUAAGUGCUGGAUUAGCAACAUUCGCUAGCUGCGACAAGGCUGGAUCAAUUCCACAUUUUACGCGGCACCUAGAAAGCCACCCAAAUGACUUUGAAGCUUUGUUGUGGAGAGCGAGAGCGUAUAGUAUCAUUCGUCAAAAGGACAAAGCCUUAGCCGACAUUCGAAGAGCAGCAAUAUAUGGUGUUGGUCCUCAAAAGUACAUAGCAGAGUCCAUGUGUGCCUCCUUGGAAGGAAAUGGACAAAAAUCAAUGGAAACAUUAUUAAAUGGAGUCAAAGCCUAUCCUAAAUGCGGCGAAGUUUGGAGCUGCAUUGGUUCCAACCAGUUUUAUUCCAAAGCGCACGACGCUGCAUUACCAACGCUCACGCAAGCUAUAGAUUUGGGAAGGCAGAACAGCGAGACUCAAAGACCUUGGUGCUAUUGGUCAAACCAGCAUGUCGGCGACAUUUAUUAUGAAAAACGUCAAGUACCAAAUGCAGAACCUUACUACAAUACGGCUGUUACUUCAUGCAACUCAUUCACCAUUGCUCACCUCGGAUUAAGCAGAUGCAAUAUUAUCAACAACAAUAUACCCGAGGCAACGACGCGCUUUGAGAGAGCAAAAAAGUUAAACCCAAUACUUGUUCAAUGGGGAAACUUUGCUGAAUUUAAACAAGACGUUGUUUCUGAUUUUUACAAAUCUGAUACAUCUACUGGUCAAGGUUAUCGUGAUGAGGCAACGUCUUCCCUAGGAUCACUGUUUACUAAGGUCACCCUUUCUGGACAAAAUGCAGCCAGCGGAUACUCAGGGUCCAACAGAGGUGUGAGUGGUCAACAAGGGGGAUUUGGUAGUAAUGGUGGUAGAAACAGAGGCGGUGGAGGAGGAAAUGGAGGAGGCAAUGAUGGAGGUGACGACGACGAAGACGUGUGGAAAAAAUUCAGACAGACAUCAAAAAUUACCAAAAAGCAUGAUGAUGGAAGGCAAUUCAAGAGAAUAGGUAGCUCUAAGUAUUGGCUGUCUAGAGACAAAGCUCGGCAUGCGGGGUCUUUUUUCAAGGUCUUCAUUGAAAAGGGGAAUACAUUAGAUUUUAUAGGAUCAGUACCGAUAAGAAUUUUCCACGACAAGGUCAUUAAAGAUGAGUCAUAUCUAUUACGCAUUUUAUACGAAGGUCCUAAGCUUGAGGAUUUUAAUCUAAUUCCCAAACUAGAGUCCCACAAAGGCGAACAGAUAAAGAUGAAAGAUCUACAUGGAGUGUAAAUCAAAGCAGGGGCGCACUACAAGCUUACAAGGACAACAUUUAUAUUUAACUAGUAUCAAUUGCACAUUAUCUAUGUUUUAUCUUAUCAGUUAUACUGUUUAUUAUUUAUACUUUAAGACAUGAUUGACUUUAAGUUUGCAUACUCAUAAAUAUAGAUGGUGUUUUGAAUUAUGAUUUUCAGAUUAUGAACUUGCAACUAACUGGGCUUAUUUUUUAUUAUUGUAUUUUUUAUUGACACAUAUCAGUUCACUUUUUAGUUCGUGCCCUUUGCCAGAUUUAGUCUGACGAUCAAAGGUUUGUCAACACUCUCCUGAUUAAAUGUUAUUCAGGAGGUCAAAAUGAAUUAAUUGAAUUUGAUUACUUCUGUAUUGAUUUGAUAAGUUUAAGAAUAACUGCGACGAGAGCUUUUUACUAAUUUGUAAGCUUGUAUUGUAAACCAGCAAAAUAUUUCAUUUUACAAACUGACUUUGUUAUUGAAAUUACAUGUGUUAGCAAGGAGUAUGAAGACUUAGAUAAUAUGAUUUAGUUUUGCUGCUUUAUUUCCUUUUUACAUAAUUUCGAAAAUAAAGGACAUAUAUAACCAAGAUCAAUUAAAUUGUAUAAGGCAAAAUAUAUACAAAAUUACUGCCGCUAUAAAGGAUUAUUAUAAUGUCAUAUCUAUACAAUGUAAAAUAAUACUUGAAAUUAUAUAUUAAAGCAUAUUUGUAGUUAUUUUUACACUCUUAUGUGUUUAUCAAAACGAUUGUAACAUGACCUCUGAUAUAAAACAUUAUCUAUAUUCAAAUAAUUUCUGAAAUUUAAGAUAUUGUGGACGCAUCCAGAAGUUUUAGCAUGUUAAUAUCAUACUGAAAAAAACUAAAAUAAGAAAGUGCUACCGAAUUUGCAUUUAAUAUUUUCGAAGAAAAUAUUUGUAUAUUAAAACUCAUAAUUAAAUGGUGAUGUGCUGAGUUAAGUACAGUUUAUACAAAACAAAUAAUAGGAGACAUUGUGUAAUCGCCUUGAGACCUUAUAAUGAAGCUCUAUAUGUUUUUAGUAUAAUUAUGUUUUAAAUGCUGUUGUGUUUUGUUUAUUCUUUUUCGUUAUAUUUUUUUAUUAUUUUAUUUAAUUAUGUUAGCAUGAAAAAGGCUGUUGUUCUUGUAUGAACUGUUCUAUUUAGUUAUUGGUUGGCCUUUUAUGUCUUACUAAGAUUUUGCACUUCUGUGUUGACAUACAUUAUCAUUGAUAUAAACAUAAUUAAAAUUUAAGUGUUUACAAAUUUAGAAUUUUCAAAAUACUGAGGCUCUUUUAUCUCCGGAAACAAUAACCUUAGCUGUAUUUGGCAACACUUUCAGGAUUUUUUGCUCCUCAAUGCUCUUUAAGUUCGUACUUUAUCUGGCCUUUUUAACUUUUUUUUAUUAGGGCGUCACUUUUUGUAGACGAAACGCAUGUAAAGCGCAAAUUACAGAUUUCAAUCAUGGUUUCUAUGAUGAGUUUAUUUGAUCAUAAGUAAAUGGAUUUUGGU